AUGGAGCCACCAGGCGUCUGGAGGCCACCUCCGGACUCGACCAGCUGCACGGCCGCCCGCAGCCCUGGGGACACAGAAAGUCCACGUAUCAGCAGUGGUGGUAGCACCUACUACGGGUCGGCGGUGGAAGGUCUCUCCACCAUCUCCAGGGACACCUCCCAGAGCACGGUGACGCUGCAGAUGAACGGCCUCAGCGCCCACCACACGGCCACCCACUGCUGCGCCAGAGAAGGUCUCAAUCAUUUUCGCCACCAGGGUCAGGUACAGAGGGGCUUCCAGCAGCCUGGGCUGCGGGCGGCCGUGCAGCUGGUCGAGUCCGGAGGUGGCCUCCAGACGCCUGGUGGCUCCAUGACCCUCGUCUGCACGGUCUCCGGCUUCACCCUCAGCAGCUACGCCGUGGAGUGGGUGCGACAGGCGCCCGGGAAGGGGCUCGAGUUCGUCGCACUUAUUAGCAGUGGUGGUAGCACAUGCGGUGGUGGCACCUACUACGGGUCGGCGGUCAAAGGCCGCUCCACCAUCUCCAGGGACAACUCGCAGGGCACGGUGACGCUGCAGAUGAACGGCCUCAGCGCCGACGACACGGCCACCUACUUCUGCGCCCGAGGUGCUCACGGUGGCGCCCACCCG